AUGGGCAGCGAGCGCAGCAGCGCGCGCGCGCAGCGCACCGGCGAGGAGUCCGCCGUGUCGCGGGGUGUGCGGGGCGCGCGGGGGGCGCCGGGGGAGCGCGGCGCGCGGGGGCGCGCGGGCGGCGGGCGCCAGCAGCGAGUAGCGCGCCAGCACGCUGCGCGCGCACGCGGACUCGCACCAGCCCGCGCGCCGCAGCAGCGCCAUCUCCAUUAUACUGCAACACACCGCGCUCACCGUCACACUUACCAAACCACAAUGAUCACUUAA